AUGUCUUGGUUCUACUUGCGCUGCACCUUGUGGCACUCCUCAGCCUCAUACCUGCUGCUUGUGGGGCUCCUGGGCAGACAGCUGGGGCUGAAGGUGGGGUUCCAGGUGGUUCAUACACUGACUUGUUCUCGGUGGGGUACGCCCAGCAAUCAGGGUCUGUUUCAGAAUGGUGAUGUAGUUAUCGGGGGGCUCUUUAAUAUCCAUUACCGUCCUCCAGCUAUUGAAAACGACUUCACUCUGCUGCCACACUACAAACCUUGCACUGGAUUGCAACGUGCUGCUUUGCAGUAUGCUAUGGUGUUUGCAGUGGAAGAAAUCAAUAAUAGCACAACACUGCUACCAAGCGUGAAGCUGGGAUACCAUAUUUUUGACAGCUGUGGCAGACCGCCGUGGGCUCUCCAGGCAGCAUUGUCACUGGUUGGAGGAGAUCGCACCAGCUGCACUUCAGAGGACACUUCAGAUUACUCUGCUGUGUCCGGAGAGAAAUACAGAGAACGGAGAGCAGUUGAUCCUCCUGUUCCCUUGAUCAUUGGGGGUGCUUCAUCUGUGACAGGCCAGAUACUCUCGAGAACCCUGGAGCCUCUAUCUAUAAGCUACAUGGCAAGUUGCCCCUGUCUAAGUGACAGACUUCAGUUUCCUAAUUUCUUCAGAACCAUCCCGAGUGAUAUUUACCAAGCCUGGGCGAUUGCCCAGCUCGCCAUUCGCUUCAAAUGGACCUGGAUUGGGGCGGUGGUAGCAAACAAUAACUAUGGCCACAUGGCAGUAAAGGUUUUUCAAAAAGAGACUCAGGGUAAAGAGGUGUGUCUGGCAUUUGUUGAGACACUUAACAGGGAAAACAUUGUGAGGGAUGCAAAAAGAGCAGCACUCACAAUACAAGCCUCCACUGCAAGAGUGAUUCUGGUCUUUUCCUGGUACACAGAUGUGAGGGAACUGUUCAUACAACUCUCCAAGAUAAAUGUGACUGACAGACAGUUUCUGGCCAGUGAAGCCUGGAGCACCAGCGAUGACCUUCUCCAAGAUCCUGUCACAAGAAAAGUAGCAAGUGGUGUCUUUGGUGUUGCCAUACGUAGUUCCACCAUACCUGGAUUUCAAAAUUAUUUAAAGAGUUUGAACCCAAUUCACCGCCCUGAUGAUGAGUUCUUACAAGAAUUCUGGGAAAGGGAGUUUGGAUGUAUUCCUAAUGCCACACCUUUGCCUUCUUAUGUCACUUCAACACCAUCUCAUGAAAACAGAUUUCUUCUGAGGGCUUCUCUCCCACCCUGCAGUGGUACAGAGUCCCUGGAAGGAGUACAGCAUCCUUUUACUGAUACCUCUCAACUCAGGGUGGCGUAUAAUGUUUACCUUGCUGUGUAUGCUGCUGCACAUGCCCUCCACAGCCUUCUCUCCUGCCCUGAUAUGGAUAGCUUGUUAAGAAACAAGAGCUCUACGUGCUCGUCUUUAAAACCCAUUAAACCCAUAGAGCUUUUGCAGCACUUGAACAAAGUUAAUUUCACCACGCCACAAGGAGAACAUUUUUAUUUCCAAGGAGCUGACAUUCCACCCAAGUACGACCUUGUUAACUGGCAGAAAAGCCCUGAUGGGCUCCAAAAACUUGUCUUGAUUGGCCGCGUUGAUGGGUUUGAUCUCUUCCUUAAUGAGUCAGCUAUUCAGUGGAGCACAGGAUCAAAUCAGGUCCCUGUUUCAGUGUGCAGUGAGAGCUGCCCUCCAGGUACCAGAAAGGCCAACCGGAAAGGGGAGCCUCUCUGCUGCUUUGACUGUAUCCCAUGUGCUGAAGGGGAGAUUAGCAAUAAAACUGGCUCUCUUCAUUGUAAGCGAUGUCCAUCAGAGUUCUGGUCCAAUAUAGAAAGAACGGCAUGUAUCCCUCGACGGCUGGAUUUCCUGUCUUUUAACGAAACGUUGGGCAUUACUCUGACUACAGUAGCUGUGUCUGGUGUUGUGGUGACGACAGCUGUAUUUGUGGUGUUUCUUUGUUACCGUCAUACACCUAUGGUGCGAGCCAAUAAUUCAGAGCUGAGCUUCCUGCUUCUUGUGUCUCUGAAGCUCUGCUUCCUGUGCUCACUGGUGUUCAUUGGUCGUCCAUCAGUCUGGUCCUGUCGCUUUCAGCAGGCGGCUUUUGGGAUCAGCUUUGUACUCUGUGUUUCCUGCCUGCAAGUCAAGACCAUAGUUGUUCUGGCAGCUUUCCGCUCAGCUCGGCCUGGUGCUGAAGCCCUGAUCAGGUGGUUUGGUCCCGGCCAACAAAGAGGAAGUGUUUGCCUUCUUACAUUUGUACAAAUAAUCAUCUGCUCCACAUGGUUAUCCCUCAGUCCCCCAGUGCCUCGACGUGAUCUGGGGUUCCGAGGGUCAAAGGUCACCCUUGAAUGUGCCAUGGCCUCUGUGGUGGGCUUCUCUCUGGUUCUUGGCUACAUUGGCCUGCUGGCCUGCACCUGCCUCCUCUUGGCCUUUUUUGCUCGGAAACUCCCUGACAACUUCAAUGAGGCCAAACUGAUCACCUUCAGCAUGCUGAUAUUCUGCGCCGUCUGGGUGGCUUUUGUUCCUGCUUAUGUCAGCUCUCCAGGGAAAUACACUGUUGCUGUUGAGAUAUUUGCAAUCCUGGCCUCCAGCUAUGGAUUACUUUUGUGUAUUUUUGCUCCAAAGUGUUUCAUUAUUCUUUUGAGGCCAGAGAAAAACACAAAGAAACACCUGAUGGCCAGGUAGCAGAGAUACAGUGUCAAUGUACACAUUCAAGCUAAUGAAAUCCAAUACAUGCUCACUUUAUUGCUCAUUGGUUCAGUCAUUUAAUUGUUUGAUUUAUAUACAUUCAGCCUAGUAAAAAAGAGUUUUAAAAAAUGCACUUUACCUUUAAAAGAAAAAAAUAGAUUAUAAAAUGUCAGAGUUCCUUAUUGCUUCAAGUUUAUCUACUAAAUUGUAUCUACAAUAUAUAACCUAAUGGCUCUAUCUCUAAAUCUUAAGUAUAUUCUUAAGGGUCUUUGGAAGAAAAACACAAAAGACAUUUUUACUUAGGAACUCUGUAGAUUAUUUCUGCAACAAUAAGAAACCUACACUACUGAAUUGUCU